CCGGCUCGCCCUACGGCCUGUCGCAAAGAGCAUGGCGGCGCCCGUUUACCCGGCCUGGGUGAGCCGAUGGAUCUCCGGGCAGUGGCGGCAGAGGAAGCGGCCGCCGGCCAUCCGCCCCACCCGGCCGCUGGUGCUGGCCAACAAGGUGGCGAACCGCCGAGAGCUGGCGGGAGAGGCAACCUGUCUUACAGAGAUGUCAGUAAUGAUGGCCUGCUGGAAACAGAAUGACUUCAAUGAUAAAGCUUGUGCUGAGGAGAUCCAGACGUUCUAUGACUGCGUGGCAAAGGCAGAAAAGGAGCGCAAGGAAAAAAAGGACGAGUACGCUCUGUCACUCAAGGGAAACAUGCCUUCAAGCAAAGUGAACAGCCUGCUGAGGAGGUUUCCUAAUAUUACACGUUAUGUGUAAUGUGCUUUGCUAAAGGGACUGUGGACAAGCAGUUAAAGUUGGCGUUUUCAGAAAAUAAAUGAAAAAGGGGUUUUAUGAAUGUUUAAUGUCUAGUGAUGUCUGUCUGUAAACACUGCUGGGUGGAUUACGACUUCAUAUUUUAUUUCCAGAGUGGAAAAAAAAAAAUUGCAUCUUGAUUGUUGGCUGAGUUUGUUCAUGAGGUUCUUGGAUCUUGUGCUCUUAGGAUCUUUGCAGUGAAUUGUCCAACCAGCCACUGUGUGGAGUAAUGUACUCACCGUGAAAUAAAAUCUUCUGGGAAUGUGUGUAAA